GCAUCAGUUGAAUUCGGAAAUAAGCUUUUGAUGGCAGGAUGUGAUAUGGUGGUUGUACUUCAGUCGAACGUCGCUGGGCGUGACUUCCGUUGGAGCAGACACAAGACAUUUUUUGUCAUUUCUAUCUUUUUUUAUCGGCAAAGCAUCUUCCUUUCAGGAAUUUUCCUUGAAAACACUUGUGUUGACGAAGGCACACUUCCUUGUUGUGCUGACGUCAGCCUUGUGUCCACAGCUGUACACACACGGAAUUCAUGACACGCCCCCUGCAUGACUUACACAGUGAGUCUUACAGCUUUUUGUCUGGCUAACGAAUCUCUUUUAUUGAUGUAAACAUUUGUAUAAACAUUGAACAGGAAGUGGAAACUUUGGUUCAAAACAAGGACGACAACAAACACCUCACGGGACUGGAAGCUGCGCUCGCAGUUCAUCAAUCUCACCAGAUGGUAGCUGUCUUCGCAAUUUGAUGAGACUCAGAAUUCAGGAUGAUAUUCAUAAUCAUUCUUCUAACUUUGCAGAAUGUGUGCUUCUGUUCCGUGGAUGCCGCAAACUUCACUGUCAUUGGUCCUGUUGACGUCCGGCUGGCUGGUGGAAAGGUGCAAUGGGAAGGACGUGUGGAAGUGCGGAGACCCGGGUCUACAGACUGGGGCACCGUGUGUGACGACGGGUGGGACGACGAGGACGCCGGCGUCGUCUGCCGCCAUCUUUCUUUUUCAAAACGUGGAUUGGCUAAGAAGAAGGCCUACUACGGUCCUGGGACUGGCACAAUAUUCCUGGCUAACAUCCAAUGCUCCGGGUCGGCAAAUAGCUUGAGUACAUGCUGGAGCCUGGAUCCGUGGAAGCUAGCUCACUGCGGCCACAGUGAAGAUGCCGGCGUGCAGUGCCGCAUAAUUAAAUGUGCUCCAGGCACAGAAAUAGACUUAACAAGCUUCGAGAACUGCACAAAGUGUCCAGCUGGUAAGCACAGAAAGGACUCAACCAGUGCUCUUUGCAUUGACUGUGCUGCUGGCAGUUACCAGAGCUUGGCUGGCCAAGAUUCCUGUGUCCAGUGUGCUGUUGGCCACUAUCAACCCUCGGUGGGGAUGACUGCCUGUAAAGUCUGCGAUGCAGGACACUUUCAGAAAAAUCGUGGGAUGAAAUUUUGUCCACCAUGUCUGGAGGGGCACUACCAGCCUAAAACUGGGCAGGACAAGUGUUUGAAAUGUGCAGCAGGAAGUUACUCAAAGGAGACUGGCAUGACAUCCUGCUAUCCAUGUCCUGCUGAACAUUAUCAGAAGGAUAUCGGUCAAGCAUUUUGUCCAAGGUGUACUGCUGGUCAUUUCAACAACCAGACUGGACAAAGCAGCUGUACAGCUUGUCCCGCGGGAAAGAUUCAGCGCGAUGACAGACAUGAUGAUUGCGAAGACUGUCCUGUCGGCCAUUUUCAAGAUCAAGCUGGAAAGACGAACUGUUCUGCUUGUCCUUCUGGUCAUUAUCAAAACAGCUCUGGGCAAGCUUUGUGUGAAAAAUGUCCGGCUGGUCAGUAUCAAAAUCUGACAAAGAUGACUUUUUGCGUUUCCUGCCCCAGAGGCCAGUUUCAGAACGAUGAUGGACGGGACAGUUGUAAGCUAUGUCCACCCGGUAAAUAUCAGAACAACACCGGACAACCUGACUGUGACGAAUGUCUACCCGGUUACUAUCAAGACAGAGAAGGAGAGACUUCGUGUAAGAUUUGUUCCAAUGGAACAUUUCAAAACGAGACUGGCAAGGGCUUUUGCUCUCCUUGUCCACAAGGACACAUUCAGCCGGACGUUGGCCAAACAUCGUGCAUAGCAUGUGAGACAGGCUUCUUUCAAACUCUCACCGGGCAGGUCACGUGUGAGUCUUGUCAAGAAGGUCAUUACCAGAGCUCCGAAGGCAAGAAUUCAUGUCACCCGUGUCAGUCGGGAUUCUAUCAAAACACAAAGGGAAAGAACAACUGCACUGAAUGCCGACCUGGACAAUACCAGAACGAAUCCGCGCAGACGAGGUGCAUCGAGUGUGCAGCCGGACAGUACCAGAACGAGUCCGCGCAAAGCUCGUGCAUGCCGUGCUUACCUGGGCAGUACCAGAAUGCCACAGGUGCUUCCAGCUGCCUGUCUUGCGAGCCUGGUCACUAUCAGAAUGUGAGUGAGCAGGUGGAGUGCCCCGCUUGUGAGCCAGGCUACUACCAGAAUGUCAGUGGCCAGCUGAGCUGCCACCCCUGCCCACUUGGCAUGUUCCAGAACUUAGCUGGAAAGUCCAUGUGCGACACCUGCCGGCAUGGGCAUUAUCAAAAUCUUACCGGCAAAACCAACUGCUCCAAGUGUCCGAACGGAGCAACUACGUCGUUUAUAGGCUCCUAUCACCUGGACAAUUGCACAGCAAAGCCUGCACCAGCGACAGUAGUGACGAUGGUGUUGUCGUACACGGUGGAUGUGUUGUGUACAGACGACAAAGCCGAUCAAGUUCGCCGUUCACUCUACACCCGGGUGGUCAGCUUGGAUUCGUCUUCUGUUUGUGUGGACCCUUCGUGCUCCAACCUCCUCACCGAAGCUUGGUGCCAGUCGUACACCGCAGUCAUCAUCGAGAGCAGACUUGACUUCUACAACUUGGAGAAUGUGGUGACCACGGACAACGGCUCAGAAUCAACACCUGAACAUUUUCUGAUUGACAAGGCCCAGAAAACAGAGAUCUUUGACUUGUCAUUGCAAUUGCCUGGUAGCAGGUUUAGGAAGGAGGCCGUGGCAGUGACUAAAGGGGAGAAAUGUCCUCCGGGUUUUGUGUUGUCUGACGGCCAAUGCAUCACUGAGCAAGAGAGACUCUUGCGGCUGAUUGGUACAAUUGCCGGGUGCGUGAUUGGGGGUGUUGGAGUCGCCAUCCUCUCCGUCGUUGUCUUCAAGCUGUCCAGGAGACGAGUACCUGCACAUCUGCAACCUGCCUUAACAAAAGAACAACAGGCGCAGGCGAAAGCGAUUGUGGCGGAGCUGAAAGACUUCAAUGCUAUAGACGUAAAGGAUUUAGAUGGACACACACAAUAAUGUGAGAGUCUCUGCAAGAAUCACGUGACCUAGGAACAGGGCCACAGUUGUGAAGAAGUCCGUAACGAGGAUCAAGACUCCGAUGGUUACGAUUUUUCUUAAGACCAUCGAGUGCUUGGGCACCGGGUAUAGAGCUACACCAUCAGCUAAAAUUCUUUAAAAAUAUUAGCAGCUGACUAAUUAAAGAUUACGAGGGAACGAAGAAUGUUUUCAUUUACUGCAGAAGACAUCUCAUUUUGGGAUUCUAGGCAAGUGUACUUGUUGUCCAGUAAAUAGACUGUAAAUAAUUUUGUAACCAGUCUUAUACAGAAACUUGCUGGGACGUGUAGUUCUUUAAAGUCUUGUAUACAGAGAUAAUCAGUGUCUAUCUGUGUAAACAUUUACUUUCUUCUUGUCAUAGAACAGUACUUUUCUUUACUCAAAUAUGAAAAAUCCAGUUCAAAGGACAUGAUUGUAAAUAAAAAGUUUGGCUAAAUAUUUCGAUUGGUCGUUAAUACUGUUGUUAAUUCUUCCAUCCCUGUAUGCUCUCCAUGUUGUCCAUGUCUCAUUUUUCUUUUAAGAUAAAACAAUGCUCCUUACGACUGAUAAUAUGUGCUAUACAAAUCUUUCAUCAUCGUCGCCAUCGUCAUCGUCAUCGUCAUCAUCAAAACAUGAACUCAGCAAACGGUUGCUAUUCCCAUGGUUACUUAUGUACCAGUCUAUAUACAGUGAUUCCUGGAUAGUAUGCAAUAUGUCCAUGUCCAUGAUGCAAGAAUAUUUGUUUGCGAAAGAAUGUCUCGGUAUUUAUAUAAAAUUUGUAUUUUGUGGAUUUAUUACUUCGUAUGAAAAAUAUAUUUUUCUGUUAUGCCAAA